CCGUGCGGCCCGCCUCCCUGAGGCGGCCGGAAGCUGGGCGGGGCAACCGCGGAUCCCCACAACAUCCGGGCUCCCACGCCUGCAGCCAGUUGCCAUGGAGACCGGCUGCCACACUGGAAGGCUGAAGAUUUCCACCCAUUCUCUCACUCCCCAGAUCUGGCGGUUUACACGACGCGAAUCGUUCUGGCUUCGUCCUGGCUGCGGCUUUCCGUCGGUUCCGUGAGAAGACCGGACCGUGUGCCCUCGCCAGACUUCUCGCCAUCAGGAAAGAGCUGCUUUUGCAGAAGAGAUUUAGAAGAUGGAGUGUCAGACCGACUGCGGCUUGGAUAAGAAAAGUACUUUGACUUCAGAUGAAGAAAUGAAAUGUGAACCACCGACUCCAUGUGUGAACCCUGGCAACCCUGUGUUUUCCUGUAUGUUGGAUCCUAAGACACUCCACACAACCACCUCACUGUCCAAACCACAGAUGAUCAUGUACAAAACCAAUUCCAGCCAGUAUGGUGCGUUCUCACCCAGGCCCUAUUUCUUGCCCUGCAAGUACACUCCAAAGGAGCAAGUGUUCUCCAGUCACAUCAGAGCAACCGGGUUUUAUCAAAACAACAGCCUAAAUACUGCCCCUGACAGAACCAGAACCAUCGAUUUUCCUAAUUUCCAACAUACUCUAUGAGAGCACACCCUCCUGACACCUGAAGAUAAAUUGUCCUCGAGAAUGUUAGUUUUUAAGUCUAGAAUACCUCAUUUUUGAACAUGAAAAGAUUUUAAUAAAGAUAUUAAUACAUGUUCUAAAAAUACUUUUAAGAAAUAAAAAAAAAUGUAACCGAUAA